CCAAAUAUAUAAAAAGAACAUCUAGUCAUCAGUAGACAGCAGACUUGUCAAUCGAAAAGUUGCGCUGUUCUUUGAUAAAUCUAUUUGCUCCUUGUCUUCUUUUGUCCUUGUCCUUCUUCUCUUCCACCUCCUCUCCCCUCUCCCCUCCUCCAAGGAAAUUCAAGCCGAGAAAGCUCGAUCUCUCUUCGUGGACCCUUUCUUUCCCUUACCCCAAAGAGAAACCUUGAAAGGAUCAGCCCCCCCGGAGCCCCCCUCAUACCUAACACCUACCUACCAGGUACCUAAGCUUGCCAUCAAAAAAUUGAUUCUUGGUCUGUUCCCCACCACAAGGCCAAUGAGGAAAGCUUUCCCAGCACUCUUACUCUACUCUCACGCUCACGCUCACGCUCACUCACACUCUCUUCCAAUAUCUUUCUUUGAUUCGGAAUAAUACAUUCAUUCGUUCACUCAAUUUAAUGUUCCUCAAAUCAUUGAUUCCUUCUUCCUUUCGAAUAAGGAUCAUGGAGGAGUGAGAUAAGUCUUCGCCCUUUGUUAACUCACGUAUAUUUUUUUUCCGAUCUCUCUCAAACAACCUGCAUCCUAUCGACGAGUCGUACCUUUCUGGAGGAAGUAAACAAAUACUAGGUUGAUAUCACACGGAAUACAUCAUUGAGCUAUCGGUCACACAGCUAUCUAAUAACGCCGAAUCGCAAAAAAAAAACCCCCCUAUCAUUUUGUACAUAUUUGAUACUGGAAUCCUCGAUACUCAAUCCUCGAUACUCAAUGGUCAAUACUUUAUAUCCUCACUAAAUUCCCUCGGGAUCUCUUCUCACGAAUCUUCUUUUUCAAUUAAUUUCUUUUGGCACUCAUGCUUGCGAUUCAACGUCUUAAUAUGGGUUCGUCGAAGCCACCCGAACUUGAUAUGCCAUUUGGCUACGCAUUUGAUUCAAACUCCACUUUUCCUUUCCCUUCACCUACAGCUCCAGCACCAGGUCCGCCAUUACUCGAUGAUAGCGAAUCCAACCUUCUCGAUACUUUCUUUGACGGAGUAAGCUCUGAUCAUUUUAAUUACGACUUCUUCUCAAAUACACAAGAUGGAGGAGAGCUUGGAGGAGGGUGGGAAGAAUUACCCCCGGCAUUUAUGGGAACGAGGGUUACUUUUGAUCAACAACCUCAGCUUUCGAAUCCAAUGUCCUUGAAUUUCGGUGAUAGGAAUACCGGAAUGCAUCCACCAUUCUCUCAAGCACCUUUCUCACAUUUGCCACCUUCGACUGAAUCCGCAGAUGUUUUAGCAGCUGCUACCGUGUUACAAAACGGAUCAAAUGCUCGAUCACAUAGUUUAAGCAGUGAAACUUUAUUUGGAAAUCAUGGCUUACCAUCGCAUCCGGGAAAUCAUCACGUCAGACCACAAUCCAUGUCGCAUUACCCUACUCCAACAUCAGGACUGGAUAGACCUCGAGAUGGAUUUAUGCGCGAUACUUUAUAUACCGAAAUGAUGUUUGGACCGAAUCAUGCCGGCCCGGACUUGAUGAGAAGACCAAAACCCGUUCCUCAAAAAGUCGACAUAAGAUGGGGUUCUGAUGCAGGAUUUGGAUCACCACAAGGAUUUGUUCCACCACCAAAUGUAGCAAAAGUCGACGAAGCGGAACGACAAAGAUUGCAGGCAUUCGAUGGAUUUAUUGGGGCAGCUCUAUGUGCGGAAAGUAGUGCGGAAAACACGAGACCGAACAGUCCGACAAUGCAAAAGAAUUUACCACCGCAACGACGGCAAAGCUCGGGAGUUGUCAAGGAAGAAGAUACGGAGCCACCAAAGAAGCGACGAAAGAGUAAAUUUAGUCCUGUUGAAGACGCGAGAGAAGACGAUGAGGAACCACAGCCUAAAGUGGACGGUAGGAAAAAGAGGAAAUCCGUGGUGAAAGUUAGUGGGAGUUCCCCAGGACCAUCGGAAGCAGGUCACAAACGACGAAAAUCUACUUCGGCUGCGGCAAAAUCUACCAGAGAAAAUUUAACAGAAGAUCAAAAGAGAGAGAAUCAUAUCAAGAGUGAACAAAAACGAAGGACUCUAAUUCGAGAAGGAUUUGAGGAUUUAGGGGAAUUAGUACCAGGGCUACGAGGUGGUGGGUUCAGUAAGAGUGCGAUCUUGGUAAUGACGGCCGAUUGGUUAGAGGAGUUGAUGCAAGGAAAUGAAGCUCUACGGAAUAAGAUCGAUGCUGCGAAAGGCAGAUGAGAUUGAGGGACGAGUUAUUGAUCACUGUUCUUGCGCAUGAUCAUUCCCACAGUAAAAUCCUGGAAAGGGGCCAUCAAAUUUCGACAGCAAACUGAUCCGAAUUCCUGGAGUGAAAAUGGGAGGGCAUGAAGUGUCCAUGGAGUUUGGUGUUUGGUUCUAUGGGGAAUUCAGAGACCGUACGCAAUGAGUAGCUUCCAGUCUCUCUAGCAUACAGGGUUUGAGGCGAAAUAAAGAUACCACGUGGAAAUGAUGGACAUAUCAUACCAGAUCUGCAAUCAUCUUGUGGAAAAGGAAAUGAAUUUAAUUGGUAGUAAGGACUACCUAGUUGGUUAUCAAUGAGGGAAUAAGCACACACUGCACAGUAGCAGUAUAGCAAUGAAUUAUAAAAGUUCAAUCAGAUUAAGUUGGAGCUUAAACGUAUACAUUCCCAUUGAUUAUGCUCUGUAAGGAAAUCCAAGCUGAGCAGAUUUCACUUUUAACGUUUCUAGCAAUUUUUGUAUUUUCGAUUCCUAUUUGCAUUAUGUUCUAUUUAUGAAAUUUUGAAUUGCAUUACACCAACUCAAGCCUUUUCUUACCGAAAUAUCUCUCACUCUUACUUGUCAAAUCCAAUUUCCUGCUAUCAGUUUAAUCCAAGUAUGCUCUUUCAAACUCAGCUUGUCGUCAUAAUCUUAUCUUUGGCAUUAGCAUAAGAAUACCAAACCAUCAAUAUACAUUCAAGGUGCUACAUGGAUAUUUCCAGAAAAAAGAAAAAAAGUAAAAAAAAAGUAAAAUACCAUCCAUCUGCAAUAUAAGAACAGUCUUGUUUUUUAUACGAUUGAUGAGGCAGAUGUACUUUGCUAUUGGGUUUGAUACUGGGCUGUGGGCUGUGGGCUGUUCAUAAAUUGAUAUUGGGUUGGGAGUUAAUGGGAGGAGCUGGAGCGUGGUAUGGUAUGGUGGAUGGUAUAGUGGAUACUCUUGGAUUAGAUUUUGUUUGGAUUUUGUGGAUUGGUAUUGAGAUGUUGAUAUUUGGAUGAGAUCUUAUGGUGGAUGAGAUCUUAUGGUGGAUGGUGGAUGAUCUAGUAGAUUAGUCUCUUAUGUGCAUCGAAUAUCAUUGAGUGAGAUGUUCAUGAGACUG